UCUAUGUUUCGCCUAGAUGAGAGAAGUAUCCCAGAAGGCACCGCUGUAAAAACAUAGUGAUUACAGGAAAUCAGGAGACAGCGUGAUGAGCUCUAAACAUCAGAAGUCAUAAUGCAGAUGACUUUACUGUCCAUCACAGUGUGGCUUACACACUUCCUCAUAGCCUCAUCUCUCAAUUACAACACACCAACUGCAGACACCCAGGAGAACAAUACUGAAGCAAUACAAAUCACUGGAGCAACAACAAAAACAAGCAUGCAUACAACAGCUUUGUCCCCACCGGUCACGACAUCACAGGACAACACAAUAAUAACAACAGAUUUGGCUGGUGAAGCACAAACACAUGCAAGUUCAACUCUGAACGCGACCUCCACAGAGGAAACAGUACCUAUGCAUCAAUCUCAGAAUGACUUCAUGGAUACUGCAAAUACAACAGAUGGUGAAAGAAAUACUGUUAUGUUUCAAACAGACACAAGUGUAACAGAUACAACCGUUUCAUUUUACUUUGCAAGGCUGACACCACAAAAGGACGACAAAAAUGAAACAGGAAGACGGUCAAGUGCACACGACACGGGUUACGAUGAUGAACACAGCAGUUUGGGCUCGGUUACUCAAACACAGACUGAAGGCAUCUGGGAUACCACACCAGACAAGCAGCCCACAUCAGAACCGCUCAACAGUGCCCAAACAGCAUCGUGGAAAGACUGGACAGUAGAAAGCAACGCAACAAUGAAAGAAAAUUACGAAAUGAGCUCCACCCAGGCAGCAUUUGCUAAUUCGAACGAGGAGUCAACAACACAAGGCACAACUGGAAGUGACGGCCUCAUGACUGAUCAUACAGCUCAAACACACAGAGAGGAACAUUACAACACAACAGAUACAACUUCUGCAACACCAACAAUAGACAGCAACUUUAUAACUUCUCAAAACUCAGACGUACCCAUGACCACAACCUUGCAUACCCUAAAUUUUACAGAAACAGCUGAAAAUCACAGCGUAACACCUGUCAAUGAAAUGAAAAGUGGUGGACGCUGGACGGGACAGUCCAGCACAGAGGACAGUGGGGUAAAUGAAUCUACAACACAAUAUAUAGUCACAAACUCUACAGCGCACACAGGAAGUGAAAAUAGGACACUAGUUACCUUAGACACACCCAGUGACACCACCGAUAUCAACAACAGCUCCAUCGUAGGUGAAGUUGUAACAGACAUAAAUGUCACAUCAAUUAAAACUGACACAGAAAACAGACUUUGGCCUGAAUGUUUCGACACAAACUCAAAACAAACUCAAUUGCAAUCAAAACUGGUGUGCUUUAUUACACUGUGGACGUUGGCCAUCACUGCUACGGUAUUCCUGGGAAUAAGCAUUUUCCUGUGGGUCCGUAUUUCGGUUGUAAAAAAAAGGAUGACGGUUAGUGGAAGAAGGCAGGUGGAAAAAGGUGGACCGAGGGAGAGGGAGAGCCUGUGGGCCGAUCCAAAAACAUCAGUACAGGAGAGAGUGGAAUUCUGGUAUGUUAACGGAUCAACGUUGGAGGCAGACAGGAAGGAGAGGGGAAGAAAGAGGGAGGAGAGGAUCAAGAGGAAAAAACAGGAACAGAAUCAGAACGAGAACGAGUUGUGGAUUCAGCCAAGAGUGACUGUGGAUGAUUUAACAGAGUUUUGGUACGCAAAUAGAAGAAUUAAGGAGGAGAGGACAGAAAGACAUUGAAAGACUUCUGGAGAAUAGACUUUAGACAGUUCUACCUCCAGGAAUCAGCCUGUAUAUAUAAACACUUUGAUGGACAGUUAAGGGCGGUUUCCCGGACAGGGCUUAUCCUAGUCCCAGACUAAAAUGCAUGCUUGAGCUGUCUUAAUUUAAAGGGACAUCCCACUUUUUUUUGAAAAUAUGCUCAUUUUCCAGUUCCCCUAGAGUUAAACAUUUGAUUCUUACCAUUUUGCAAUCCAUUCAGCUGAUCUCCAGGUCUGGGGCUAGCACUUUUAGCAUAGCUUAGCAUAAUCCAUUGAAUCUUAUUAGACCAUUAGCAUUGCGCUAAAAAUAACCAAAGAGUUUCGAUAUUUUUCCUAUUUAAAACUUGACUCUUCUGUAGUUACAUCAUUAACUUAGACCGACAGAAAAUUAAAAGUUGCGAUUUUCUAGUCAGAUAUGGCUAGGAACUAUACUCUUAUUCUGGCGUAAUAAUCAAGGACUUUGCUGCCGUAACAUGGCUGCAGGAGGCGCAAUGAUAUUACGCAUUGCCCGAAAGUAGUCCCCUUGAUAACUUUCAAUAGCAGGGGUCUAUUUUUUAGGCAGUGCGUAAUAUCAGAUUUAAUGGAUUAUGCUAUGCUAAAAGUGCUAGCGCCAGACUCGGAGAUCAACUGAAUGGAUUCCAAAAAGGUAAAAAAAUCAAAUGUUUAACUCUAUGAGAAGUGGUAAUUAGUAGAUUUCCAAAAAAUGUGGAUUGUCCCUUUAAAAACAUCUUGUACUGACAUAUCUGAACAUAUAUCAGUGCCACUGUUUUGUCUUAAGAUGCACACCAAUUUUGUUUUUGUAAGGUUUAUUUGUAAAAACUACUUAAUAAUAUGUAAUAAUAACUGUAAUAAUAUAACUAAGGCCUAGUCCUGGAUUAAUCUAAACCCUGUCUGGGAAACCGACCCUUUAUGUAAGAAAAUAAUUCUGAUAGUAACAUAGUAAGAUCUGCUGGCUUGAUCUUACACUUUUGGUUGUCUGAGGACAAUUCACAAACUGAGAAGAAAGUAUAAAGUAUAUUGGAAAGUGAUGAUGAGUAAGUUGAUUCAGUUGGGUGGAUAACAUUAAGAAAUGAGAAAAACUGAAAAGUUGCCCGACCGAAGAAAGCUUAACAGGGUUUCCCCUGAUCUUUUAUAGGAAAAAGCAGGGAGCUCCAUUUAAACCACAUAAUUUUACUCCAUCACUUUAGCAUAUGAACAUGUACAUUUUAAAAGAUUCCUUUCUUGAGCUUACAAAUGAGUUGGUAUGCAUUUCUUUAUAAUUUUGAUAUUUGUUUUCUACUUAUUUAUUACAUUAAACUGCAAUGUUUAAAGGAACAUCCUCUAUAACGUUUCUGGCUUUCUAACCUGCCAAAAGUUGUGUACAGAUAUAUAUACACAUUUGGUAACAAUGUAGCUUUGAGAUACUAAUAUAAACUCUUUGGUAUCAAUAUGUGCCUCUAAACAACUAAUAUGAAGUCUUUGGUACCAAUUUGUACCUUCGAGAUAAUAAUAUAAACUCUUUGAACAACUAAUGUGAAGCUUCUGGUAACAAUAUGUACAUUUUAGGUACUAAUAUUAAUUCUUUGGUACCACAUCUACACUCUAAAAACAAAUGGCGCUAACUAGCCCUAAAAGUGGUUCACUGGCUCGUAAUCAUAGGAGAACCAUUUCAAGUGCCAUAUAGCAGCUAUGUAGCUGUGCUGUACAGAACCAUAUCUGGUGCUAUAGUGGUGCUAUAUCACCCCCGAAUGGUUCUUCAUAGGUUUUUAUAGAUGCUAUAUAGCACUAAAAAUGGUCCCCCUAUGAUUAUAAGCUUUUAGGGCUAUUUAGCACCAAUUUGUUUAAGAGUGUACCUUUGAGAUACUAAUAUGAAGUCGUUGGUACCAAUAUGUACCUCUGAAAAAUUAAUAUGAAGUCAAAACUAUUUGGUACCAGUAUGUACCUUUGAGUUACUAACAUGAACUCUUUAGAUGCAAAAGUUUAUUUUUUAAAGGGGACAUUUCACAACACUUGAUAAAGAUGUCAAAUAAAUCUUUGGUGUCCCCAGAGUAUGCAUGAGAAGUUUUAGCUCAAAAUAGCAUAGAUAAUUAAUUAUAGCAUGUUAAACUUGACACUUUGUAGGUGUGAGCAAAAAUGUGCCGUUUUUGGAUGUGUCCUUUAAAAUGCAAAUGAGCUGAUCUCUGCACUAAAUGGCAGUGCCUUGGUUGGAUAUUGCAGAUUAAAGGGCAGGAUCAUCCCCUUCUAACAUCAUAAGGGGAGUCAAAUUUGAAUGACCUAUUUUUCACAUGGUUGCAGAUUUGUUCACCACAAAUAAGUUACUGGGUUGUUAUUUUUACAUUUUUUAGGUUGAUAGAAGCACUGGGGCCCAAUUAUAGAACCUAAACAUGGAAAAAGUCAGAUUUUUAUGAUAUGUCCCCUAUGUCCAUUAUUUGACCAUUUUAUUCUGACUUCACACUUGCAGCUUCUGGUUUAGUCUUUUCUAGUGGUGACUUACCUAAAAAAUAUUCUAGGAUUGAUCACAGCUAAUAAAAUAUUUGGUUACACUUUAUUUUAAGGCGUCACUGUUACAUUGUAAUUAUAUAUUUAAGUACUAAGUAAUAAUCAUCAACAACAUGUACUUACUGUAGGGUUGGGGUAAGGAUUAGGGUUUGGUUUAGGAUUAGUUGCAUGUAAUUAUGCAUAAUGAACUGUUAUUACUAUAAUAAUUACAUGUAACAUGUGUAACAAAGACACCGUAAAAUAAAGUGUUACCAAAUAUUUUUGUAAAUCUUCCA